AUGCGUGUAGUCCAGCUUUUGUCUGGAAAACAGAAUUUCCAGAGAAAAGAAUUUUUUUGGAACGGCAGAAGAUUGCAGUUACUCUUCAACAACCCGAUAGAUACAAUACAUAUAGUUCUUCUUCACGCUCUCGACCAUUCAUCAAAUCAUGCAUAUGAAGUUAGGAGAAAACAGCCUUAUUCCAGUACACCAGUUGUGCUCCGUUCCAUAAGCUAUACAUGCAGAGAGGACCUGUUGACUCCGUACUUUGCAUUUCAGCUAAUGGAUCUUCACGAGCAAAUCAGAUACAAAUUCAACUUUGGCCGUAACACGUCCGUCACGAUCGAAACGGAUUCACUGGGGAAUGAGAUAGCGUCGUGGAUUGAGGACGACGAGGAAAUGGAGAAGCUAUGGUCGAGCGCAAGAACUAAUAGCAGCGCCUUCGAGCAGUAUGAUGAUCCGGAUGCUCCACUAAGUAUUCUCACUUGUUCAUUGAGAGCGACCGUUCAGAUUGCAAACGACAACCAACAUCCAUCAACUGUGAUGCUGAAGAAGCAGGUGGUGCUGAUCAGCGACUACAUUCCGGUCAACGUCACCCAAUUCAUGAACAAUAUGAACGGUGUAAGCUUGAUGGAAACGAUUUCAUCACGGCAAACGUCCGAAAAAACUUCCAAAAAUCCCUGGAUUUCGGUUUCUUUUGUUUCAGAGUUCCCAAAAGCAGUGUAUCAGGGUAAGCCCAUCGAUCGCGAGAAAUUAUUCAUGAUGGGUUUUGAUGGUGGUACUGUCAUGGAUAUUGUGAAAAACUCUGCCACAGGCGAUUUGUGUACUGUUCCCGAAAACAAAAUGCUUAGCGAUCUUCUGGUGAUAACAUUUGCUCACAAUGGUUCUGUGCAUGAUCUGGAAGUCCCAUAUUUUGGAAAUCGAACAGCUGGCUUCGCCCAGCACUGCGUCGAGUAUAUUGCCGAGAAAUGUGGUGGGAACGGUUGUGAUGAUGCCGUCACUGAAGUCCUCGACGCUUUUACCGAUAGCCUCCAAGAAAACCGGUCAUUCCUCUCUCUUCUCAUAACUAACACCACUUGCGCAGCUCAGAGACUAGCAAAUUUCAGUGGAGUGAGGUUGAUCUCUUCUCAUGACCUGAAGAAGGUGUACGACGUGUUAAUAUUUCCACUAGUCGAGCACGGCUAUGUGAAUUCGACGUCGGAUACGCAAAUUGUGCUCAACAAUGCUUAUUACUUAGUUAACUAUUCUACUUCAUGCGUAUCUGAAAUGGCCCUUGUUCCCCUCAACGAGGCGAGGCCCUACCAUCGUCCGAAAUACUUUUAUAUCGCAAUGGACGACAUGAUGUGGAUUACCUUCUGUGCGGCUAUUAGCGUCAGUGUAUGUGGAGUCAUUAUUUAUCAGCACGUGAAACGCCAACACAAGAAGCAAAUGGAAAUUCUCACCGAGUUGAUGCUUCAGCCCAGAGUCUUCAAAGCAUCCACUAAUGAUCGUACACUCGAGCGUAAGAGAAACAUCGGUUUGACAGCCAAAUUGCCUUCUUCAGUUCAAGGCCAAUUUUCCUACAGUCUUUAA